AUGGAGGAGGAGGACGAGGACGCGGUGCAGGACGAGGAGACACGGCCGGAUGUUGUCACGACAACCCCAUGGUUAGCUCCAAUCGUUUGGGACGGCACAUUCGAUCAGACAGUGAUGGACGCCAUUUACAAACAACAAAACAUCACAGUGGCAACCACCGUAUUUGCUUUGGGCAAGUACGUUGACUUCCUGAAGGACUUUUUGGAGACGGCAGAGAAGAACUUUUUUCUGCAUUACAACGUUCAUUAUUACGUGUUUACAGAUCGGCCGGACGAUGUUCCAGCGGUGACUCUGAGUCCGGGACAUAAGCUGACUGUUCUAAAAACGGCGAGUUCGAACCGCUGGCAGGAAAUCACGCUGAGGAGGAUGGAGAUGAUCGAGAAGCUGAUCGAGGAACACCUCAUUAACAAAGCCGAGUACAUAUUCAGUCUUGACGUGGACUGCAAGUUCUAUGGCCCCUGGGGGGCGGAGUCUUUGGGUGACAUCGUCGCCACUCUGCACCCUGGGUAUUACGGACAAUCGCGAAACAAAUUUCCAUACGAGCGGCGGCCUGAAUCGCAGGCCUACAUCCGGCAAGAAGAGGGGGACUACUACUAUGGGGGUGCAGUGAUCGGGGGGCGCGUGGACAGGGUGCUCAAACUCAUACCACGCAACCUCCGAGCCUCUAGUCUCGCUCGACUUGAGCCCCCAUCCAGGACUAAAGGAAGACGAGCAUCAAGGCUCUUCUCUGUUCUAGCAACCAAGUGGUGGAAUGAACUUCCUCUGUCUGUCCGAACAUCUGAGUCUCUUGCUGUAUUUAAAAAACGAUUCAAAACCUUCAUCACCUUUUUACUAAACACUUCAGCUGACUUGAACCUAUUCACUUAA